AUGGACUUGAGAAACGACAGCACUGUCACAGAGUUCAUCCUCCUUGGACUGCCUGCCAACCCUCACAUCCGGGCUCUGCUCUUUGUGCUGUUCCUGGGGAUAUACCUUGAGACCAUCAUGGGAAACCUGAUGCUGUUGAUGGUGAUCAGGGCUGAUUCCCACCUCUACACACCCAUGUACUUUUUCCUGAGUCAACUUUCUUUCAUUGAUAUGUGCUUCUCUUCAGUCACUAUGCCCAAGAUGCUGGAGAAUCUCCUGUCUCAAAGGAAAACUAUAUCAUUGGAGGGUUGCCUGGCUCAGGUCUUCUUUGUGUUUGUUGCUGCAGGCACUGAAGCCUGCCUGCUCUCAGUCAUGGCCUAUGACCGCUAUGCUGCCAUCUGCCACCCUCUGCUCUAUGGACAGAUUAUGAGUAAACAGCUUUGUAUGCAGCUUGUGUGGGGCUCAUGGGGCCUGGGCUUUCUGGAUGCAUUUAUCAAUAUAUUCCUAGCUAUGAACAUCAUCUUCUGUGAGGCUAAAAUCAUCCCUCACUACAGCUGUGAGAUGCCCUCUCUCCUUGCUCUAUCCUGCUCUGAUAUCUCCAGGAACCUCAUUGCCUUGCUCUGUUCCACUCUUCUGCAUGGGCUGGGGACCUUCCUUUUGGUCUUCUUAUCCUAUGCUUGCAUUAUUGUCACCAUCCUGAGCAUCAGCUCCACCUCAGGCAGAAGCAAGGCCUUUUCCACCUGCUCUUCCCACCUCACUGCAGUAACACUUUACUUUGGCUCAGGUUUGCUCCGCCAUCUCAUGCCAAAUUCAGGUUCCCCUGUGGAGUUGAUCUUCUCUGUGCAAUAUACUGUGGUCACUCUCAUGCUGAAUCCCCUCAUUUACAGCCUGAAAAACAAGGAGGUGAAGGCAGCUCUGAAAAGAACUUUGGAAAAGUAUUUGCAACAUAUCAGGUGCAUAAAUGAAAAUGAAAGAUGGUGGCGAGUUAGAAUAAAUCUGCAUAUUAAAGGACAUUAA